AGGACGCGAUAAUGUCAAAAAUUUAGUAAUAGCUCAAAAUGUUGCAAUAUAUGUUUUACUUCUCUUUUUAUGCUUUGCUGGUGGAGUCUUCACCCCUUCAAAGUGGUGUGUCCCAAAACAUAGCCUUCCAUGAAGCAAAUGGCCGGAUUCUGAAUGGAGAGAAUGCAACUUUAGGACAGUUUCCUUGGAAUGUAGGUCUACUUACGACUCAAACAGAUUCUGCAACGUGGUGUGGCGGUGCUAUUAUUAGCGAAGAUUGGGUACUGACAGUCGCACAUUGCGUAGAUAGAGCAGUGAUUACUUACGUCUAUGUUGGAGCUGUAGAUACUAGUCUACUUGCUGAAAUGGUGUUUGCAGAUGUAUUUAUUGUACAUGAAGACUACAAUGCCACCACUCUUGCUAACGACAUUGCUCUUGUUCAGCUUAGAAUAGGACUAGUAUUCAGCGAUAUUAUAGCACCAGUUGCUUUGGCUUCUAAUCCUCUUGAGGCUGGAGUGGAUAUAACAGUGAGUGGUUGGGGCCAAAGUUCUGACGAUGAUUUUCUAAGUGUUCAAUUUUUACGUUUUGCUGCCCUAACUACUAUUGAAAAUAGCGAAUGUAGUCAAAUUUACAGGGAUGCUAUACUUGACGAAAUGGUGUGUACUUCGGCAGGUACCGACCCAUUUAAAGGUCCUUGUCCUGGAGAUAGUGGUGCACCAGCAGUAAUAAAUCCUGAAUCUGAUCCAGUUCUUGUAGCUCUUACAAUAUUUAUUAGUGAUACGGGAUGUGAAAUGGGACAUCCUGCUGGAUAUACAAGAGUUGAUUAUUAUAGAGACUGGAUUAAAGAAAACAGUGGUGUAUAAUACUUAUUAUAUAAGACUUAAGGUAUAUUAGAAAGGAUAUCUGUUCGAGAAAAUUAUUAUUAAAAAAGGUUAUUUUGAA